AUAAAAAUAACAAUAUGGCGGUUGUUUUCUGUCUAUGAUUUUGGCCGAGUUGAUUAACUAAUUAAAUCAAAGAAAUCUAAUAUUGGCCGAGAUAAUCCUUUUUUGAACCAGAUGGAAUAAAGAACUGCCGACUUUAUCAUCUUAUAAUUUCUGCAACUAGCGUAGUAUUACCGCAGAUAUUAUUUAGUUAAUUAAUAAUAGAUAAUAUUGCAUUCAGUUUCUCACUUGUAUUUAUCCAGCACUCGUGUCAUCUGGUUACGCGGGCUGUUUUGAAGACGACGUAUUUCCAAAAGGCACUUGGUUUACGGGAGUUGUCAAUAAUGGCGCUCGUUGUAUUCGCACUUGCGGAGCUUCAGGGUACAUAUUUGCCGCCACAAAGUCCCAUUACUGUAUAUGUGACAUGAUCUAUUUUGGGAGUUCUAAACGAGGCAAUUGUGUAUAUAAAUGUCCAGGAUUCCAGAAUGAAAUCUGUGGAGGCCCAGACAGCAUAUCAGUGUAUGACAUAAGGUUAACUGAUGUGAAAUUAACACCACCAGCACAAACUGACGCAUUGGUAACAUCAACAGAAAGUAUUAACAGCUUCACUGAACAGACUGCUUAUAAUAAAGUAAUUGAUACGAAAUCAUCUGAUGGAUUGAUAACAUCAACAGAAAGUAAUAACAACUUCACUGAACAGACUGCUUAUAAUGAAGCAGCUGUAAAGACAACUAUUCAAUCUACGACACCAAACAGUACCAUGAAAAGAACAUCUGAUAUUACAGGUACGUCUACUGAACAGAUCGAUCGCGAUACAGGAAGAAGAACAGAUGGCAUCGUUUCCGUUUACAUCUCAGUUCCAGUUUCGAUCACGAUUGUGGCUGCCCUUACAGCAGGCAUCGUCUUCUGUCUUAUGCGAAAAUGCCGACAUACUGAUGACCAGUACGUAUUGUUCCGUCGAAAGAUGGUUACAAAAAACACUCAUCUGUUCAAUAGUGCAGUAAAUAAAACGUACAAUAUCAAUACUUCUAACGACCAAAGUAAUUGUUCCAAGUAUUCUUCCAAGACCGUGCAGAACUCGAGUGCCAGUUUAUAUGCUGAAAUAGCGUUUGGUAGUACAGAGACGUUAGAAACAUCUGAGAAUGGGUAUAGCACAGUCUCCAUUGGUCUACUUAAGGGGAAAUACAGAAAAGACGCAACCGAAUCUAGUAACACAUAUGACACUCUACAUACUGGUUCAAAAGCAAAUACUAUCAAAACAUCUGACUGUUAUCAAUCCGUGUAUGAUCACGUGAUUGUUGGUAACCAUAACAACCAGAGUACUGAUUCUGAUGAAUAUUCACAUCUGCAUACAGUUCAAAUAAACAAUCUCCAACAAACAUAUUCCAAAGUUAUAGAUAACCAUCAUAUCGAUGAAGAUAGAAUAUCGGACACAAAUAGUGUCCAUUGCGGGGAUCAGGACUACAAAUCUAAUCACGAGUAUGACAUACUGUAUGAUAGGAUGCCCUAUCAUACUUAAAUAAAAAAAAACACUUUUUAAUCUGAGGCUUCCAUUCAGCGCACGCCACUUUUAUGUGAAAUAAAACAUCAUUAUGAAAUCAUUUCAAUACACAGACGUUAAAUAUAACAUUAUAAUUAUCGUAUUAAAUUGUUUUAAUAGGAACUUUACAAAUUGUGCUUAUAAUUGUAGUGAAGAAUGAAAAAUAAAAUUUCUACAAUUUUACAUUCCGAUAAGGUCUUCGCGCACUAAUCCAGUUAUAACCGAGUUUAAAUCAUUUAUCGGCGACUUGAUAGGUAAGACUGUCCGUAUUAGGAGCUAAACGGAAAUUAAACGAAAAGUUUUAGAAAAUCAACAUGCUUAGAAAUGAUAAAGUUAUGACUUGGUCUUAAAUUUUGCAUAAAAGCAAUGAACAUUAGUUUUUUUUUUUAAAUUAUUUCUAACGGUUUAAAAUUUAGGUACUAUCUCUUGUACAGAUAAACGUUUAGUUUCCAUGCCAAUAACUUACUUAGAUAAUGCUAUUAAUCAAUCGAUUUCAUAUUGGCCUUGUUAGUUAUCCAAGGAUUGUUGUAUUGGCCCAAGGCAGUUGAGGAUUCCCGUACCUGGUGCAGAUAGUCCAGAGGGAUCCUGUGAGGCAAAAUUGCGCCGACUGAGAGGGAUCCCAUGCAUUAACGAAAACGAAAGUAGGGCGUUUCAUAAGGAAACAUGAUGAUAAGAUGGGAUCAACAGCUUCACAUUUAAGGUACUAGAUACUUUCUGUAUUCAAAGAAAGUCACAUUUAAGCUUCAGAAGCAAAGCAUGAGGUUCAUCCGAGCCAGUACCCUCCAUCUAUAUUCCAUCUUUGUUUGGACUUGUGUCAACUGAUAAUAUGUAACGAUAAAAAGCAAGGGUUUAUAGCUACAUCUUCCGUUGAUUCAUAUGUUUUUUAUGCACAACCCUGUGUUUAGGACGACAAUUUCGAUUAUCCGAGCUCCCUGACAAAGCGGCUAUGUUUGAGUUUAUUUUACUACAUAGAAGGUCCUGUGCGCGAACAGCGAGGGAUCCGUUUUCUUAUUUACCACAGACAGUGAUCCGAUAUACAUACACACCGUGAACAUUCUUGGAAUAGAGUCAGCCAAGAAACCAUUGUUUGAAAUAACUUCAUAAAUAGGGCCAAACGUUUCUGACGAAAAAGUUAAAGUGACCUCCCCCUCUUACCUACAUGCUUUUUGACGAAUAAAAUAAAUUUAAACACUGUCGAGGAAAAUUUCUUUAAAAUUAUCUAAGUCCUUGCUGACCAAUGGCUUACUGGAGGAUUUUGAUUUUUCAGCGCUUGUGCUUAUAAGCAUGCUAAAUUCCAUUACAGUAUGUUACAGUUUACUAUAGAUUAUUUUCUGAAAGAUUAUCUACCUUAAUCGCUAAAACAUUUUCACCAACGGUCGUCUCUUUAUAGGCUAUCGGCAAAAAAAUUCAAAAGAAAGUAGAAAUUCUUCUCCUGUUUCAACAGUGUUGGAGAUAAACCGCAAGUCUUUAAUGGAACUAUCACCAUCUACCUUAUAGAAUUGAAAGUACUGUGUCAAUUUCAUGAUCUUUAUACUGUACUUGACUUUUGAUCGAAUAUACAUAUAAGAUAUUGUUACAUGUAAAAGUACAUCUUUAACCUUUUGUAU